UGUGUGUGUAUUGUUGUGUUGAAGCGAAAAGCGGACGUUUUAUUUUUUAGGUGCUUGUUUUUGUGCAGCACGACACCUACUGCGCUAAAUCUGUUAAUUUGAAAAAACAUAUUAAAAUCAUUUGAAGAAUUUAUUCAAAACACACACACUACAAACAUGGCAGAGGUGCGACGUAGGAAGACGGACAACGAGGCUGACGAUGCUGCUGCUGCUGUUGCCGCGAGUAGUGCAGCUGAUUCUUCGGAUCAUGUUGAUUCGGAGGAGGAGAAAAUACCUGAGGAGAAAUUCGUUGAGGAGUUGGCUAAGAAUUUGCCCCAAGGUACAGAUAAAACACCAGAACUUUUGGACUCUGCUCUGAAGGAUUUGCCCGAUCGAUGGAAAAAUUGGGUCAUACGCGGUAUAUUCACAUGGAUCAUGAUCUGUGGGUUCGCAUUAAUCAUCUAUGGUGGACCAUUAGCCUUGAUGAUUACGACGCUGUUGGUGCAAGUGAAGUGCUUUCAGGAAAUUAUCUCAAUUGGUUAUCAAGUGUAUCGUAUACACGGUUUGCCCUGGUUUCGUAGUCUCUCCUGGUAUUUCUUGCUCACUUCCAACUAUUUCUUCUAUGGCGAGAAUCUAGUCGAUUACUUUGGGGUCGUAAUCAAUCGUGUGGAAUAUCUUAAGUUCUUGGUGACCUAUCACCGCUUCCUCUCAUUUGCCCUGUAUAUCGUUGGCUUCGUUUGGUUCGUGCUCUCGCUGGUCAAGAAAUACUAUAUCAAACAGUUCAGCCUAUUCGCCUGGACGCACGUCUCGCUGCUGAUUGUCGUCACACAGAGCUAUCUAAUUAUACAGAACAUAUUCGAGGGACUUAUUUGGUUUAUAGUGCCCGUAUCGAUGAUUGUUUGCAAUGAUGUCAUGGCGUAUGUGUUUGGUUUCUUCUUUGGACGCACACCCCUCAUAAAGCUCAGCCCGAAGAAGACGUGGGAGGGCUUUAUUGGUGGUGGUUUUGCCACGGUACUAUUUGGCAUAUUGUUCUCAUACGUCUUGUGCAAUUACCAAUAUUUCAUCUGUCCCAUACAAUAUUCGGAGGAACUGGGUCGCAUGACCAUGUCCUGUGUUCCCAGCUAUCUGUUUACGCCACAGGAAUACAGUCUUAAAUUGUUUGGCAUUGGAAAAACCUUGAACAUUUAUCCAUUCAUUUGGCACUCGAUUUCGUUGAGUCUGUUCAGUUCAAUAAUUGGACCUUUCGGCGGCUUCUUUGCGUCCGGAUUUAAGCGUGCUUUCAAGAUCAAGGACUUUGGCGAUAUGAUUCCUGGACAUGGCGGUAUCAUGGAUCGCUUCGACUGUCAGUUCCUCAUGGCCACGUUCGUAAAUGUUUACAUUUCGAGUUUUAUUAGAACUCCUUCACCAGCUAAACUCUUGACACAGAUUUAUAAUCUUAAACCGGAUCAACAAUACCAAAUCUAUCAGUCCUUGAAGGAUUCUCUGGGCGAUAUGCUAAACUAAAUAUUUCGACAACAACAAUUGUUUGCUUUAGUCGUACGUCUAUAUAAAUAUUCAUUAUAAAAAUGGAAGAUUCUAUAUAUACAUAUAUAUAUAUAUAUAUAUAUAUGAUGAUCGGUAUAAGAAAAUGCAGCAAAAACCUCUCGAAUGCUGUUAGUCUCCUUAAAAAAAAGCGAUUCGCUUGAAUCCAAUCAAAACACGCGCGGAUAGUUUUAAUUUUGAGCAUAAUUUUUGUUAUGUUUUUAGUUAUAGUUUAGAAUUUUGUUGUUGUUACAAUUUUAAGUUAUUUCAGUUACGAUUAUUAUUAUGAUUAUUAUAAUUAUGAUCAAUAUGGCAUUAUAUAGUGCAAUUGUAAUCCCCUUAUCGGAGAUUUGCUAUUAAGCGAUUCCAUUAAUUUUAAUGACAUGCGAUUGCGUUAUGAGAUUGACUUUUUACCAAAUCGAAUUAAACACUGGAAAAAUGAAAGCAAACGAAAUGCGAACAAAAACAAAAAAAAAUUCAAACAACCAGUUAAGCGAUCCUAUAAAUUUGAUGUUUUGUGUGUCUCCAUAUGUACUAUGUGUGAAAUGACAUCCCUGCACGAGUCUGUAUAAAACUACUUAUGCAUAUAUGUAUGUGUACUAUUUUACCAACUAUUAGUUUAGAAAAGGGAAGAAGAAUGUCCUUCAAUCGAGGCAAAUUUAGUUUAGUUUGUGAAAUGUUCCCUAGUUAAUGUCUAACUUGUAGUCUAAAAGUUGGAUGCGCAUUUUGUUGUAUCUAAUCAAUACGUAAUAUUGAGUAUCAAAUGAUUUCAUAUUUUACCAGUUCAUGUCUAGUGCAAUAUACAUAAUACCAUUUAAAACAUUGUUUUUUAUUUCAAUUCAUGAUUUUUUUUAAAUUCUUAAUUUAUUGAAUUGUAUAAUCUUAGCAUUUAUAUAUGUUUUGGUUAAUGAUAUACGGUUAACAAGAAAGAAAAAAAAAACAAUUUCUUACACUUACUCAAUUGAAUUCAGAUCCAGCAAACUGUUUAAUAUAU